UUAAGAAGUUUUAUUUUGGAUAAUUUCAGGGCUCAUCACCUCUCUUCAUAUUUGAAGCUACAAUAAUGGAAAUUGUCAUUGGAGGCAUCACCGAAGUGGUCAAGUAUUUGGUUUCUCCCUUCAUGGAUAACAUCAGUUAUCUUAUUCAUUACAAGAGAAACUCUAAUGACCUUAAAAACGAAAUGGCAAGACUUGGAGAAAUGGAGGAGGACGUACAACGUUCUGUGGAUGCAGCACGUCUGAGAGGAGAUGUGAUAAAAGUGGUGGUGGAAAGUUGGUUAACAAGAGUGAAGGAAAAACAAAAUGAGGAGACAACAUUGCAUAAUUCAUUGGAAGAGAGCAAGGGAUGCCCCCAAAGGGGUUGUUCUCUGCGUUAUCGAGUAGGGAAAGAUGCAAAACGCAUGAUUGAUGAAGUCAAGAAGCUCCUAAUUGAAGGCCAAACAUUUGUUUCUGUCUCAGAUCCUUCUCCGCUUCCUCCCGGCCCAGAAUCCAUGCAAACACUAGAUUUUCAAGUUUAUGAAUCCACCAAAUCAGCCAUGGACAAAAUCAUGAAAGCAUUGAAGGAUCAGAAUAUCAAGAUGGUUGGUGUAUAUGGGAUAGGAGGUGUUGGAAAGACAACCUUGAUGAGAGAGUUGGCAAAAAAAUUGAAAAAAGAUGGGCAUUUUGAUCAGGUUGUGAUGGUCACUGUGUCUCAAGAACCGGUCUUCAAGAAGAUCCAAGGCGAAAUUGCAGAGAACUUGGGUUUGCCACUUACAGAAGAGUCACUCGAUGUGAGAGCAAGACGUUUAAUAGACCGAUUGAGGAAAGAGAAACGAAUCCUCAUAGUCUUAGAUGAUUUGUGGAAGCGACUAGAUUUACUACAAGAGGUUGGCAUCCCCUGUGGAAACAACUGUAAAGUAGUUCUGACAACAAGACAGCUUCAAGUGUGUAGUCAAAUGGAGACCCAAAUCAAUGUUGAAGUCAAAGUACUAUCGGAGGGAGAUGCAUGGUCGCUAUUCAAAUGGGCUUCUGGAGAUUGUGUAGAGAAUGACAAUACUCUACAUGCGGUGGCAAAGGAAAUUGUUAGAGAGUGCGGGGGUUUGCCUAUAGCAAUCAUCACAAUUGGAAGGGCACUGCGACGUAAGGACCGAUAUGUGUGGGAAGAUGCGGCUAGCCAACUCAAGAAAUCAAACUCAUCCCCACCGGAUAUUGAAGGUGUGAAUGAAAAAGUUUUCCACUCCAUAAAAUUGAGUUACCUUCCUGAAGAUUUUUCUAUUUCUGAGGAUGAUUUGCUUCCUCACGUGAUAGGGGAAGGGGUGUUUGGAGAUAUUAAGACCCUUGUAGAAUCAAGGAAUAGGUUGCACAUGCAUCUGGAAAGACUUAAGGCAUCAUGCUUGUUAUUAGAUGCGGAUAGUGAAAGGGAGGAGGGAUGCGUAAAGAUGCAUGAUGUUAUUCGGGAUGUGUCUAUAUGGAUUGCAUCACAACAAGGUCGUGAUUUUGUUAUAAAAUCUGGGAGAGGAUUGACAGAUUUGCCAGAAGAAGAUAUGGAGAAGCUAAGGAAAUGCAAGCGACUUUCACUAAUGCAAAAUAAAAUUACUAAGCUCCCCAAUCGGCUGGAAGAAUAUUGCUCUAAUCAGCUUACAACCUUAUCCUUGAGACACAAUCUUCGGUUGACAGAAAUCCCUGAUGGAUUUUUUCAAGGGAUGUUAUCAUUGAAGAAUCUAGAUCUGAGAGAAACACGUAUCUCUACAAUGCCAUCUUCAUUGUCAUGCUUAACGGACAUUCGAGUGCUGUGUGUUUGUCCUGAUUUACAUUACAGUCAACCUGAAGGUUUUGAUAUCUCAUUGGUUGGGAAGUUGAAGAAACUUGAAAUACUUUGCCUAAUUUGUCGCAAUGUAAAAAGAUUGGGAGAAGAAAUAGGUGAGCUUACAAAUCUGAAGUGGUUGGAUUUGUCAAGAAAUCAUAAAAUUGUUGAUGUGUCAGUGGUUGGUAGGUUGAAGAAACUUGAAAUACUUAACCUAUCUCGAUGCCAAAUAGAAAAAUUGGGAGAAGAAAUAGGAGAGCUUACAAAUCUGAAGUCGAUGGAUUUGUCAAGAAAUCAUCAAAUUGUUGAUGUGUCAGUGCUUGGGAAGUUGAAGAAACUUGAAAUACUUCGCCUAAUUGGAUGCAAUGUAGAAAAAUUGGGAGAAGAAAUAGGAGAGCUUACAAAUCUGAAGUCGUUGGAUUUGUCCGAGAAUCGGGAUUUGAUUAUUGCCCCGAAUACACUAUCGAGGAUGUGUCUCUUGGAAAAACUCAAUCUUGAGUUUAGCUUUCAUGAGUGGGGGAUGGAAGAAGGAUCAGAAGAAGAAGAAGAAGACGACGACAGAGGAAUAAGUAAAGAGAAGAAGAAGAAGAAGAAGAAAAAGGUGUGUUGCUGCUUAUCUGAGGUAGCAUCUUUGUCUGCUUUGACUACACUAAGGAUAGAGGUAUCGAACAUAAAAUGUUUGAGUGCAAAUAAUAAUAUCCCAUGUCGUUGGGAAAACCUGACAAGCUUCCAAGUAAUUUUGGGAAACGGCGAUUGGGAUACUGAAAAGUAUGCUCAUCUCAGCAGUGAAUGUGCCACCGGGAUGACCAUUUAUGAAGCCAUCUUCAACCCUAAUCCACUUUCCGAUUGGUUCUUUUUAUUGUUGGAAAGAACAGAAGGGCUACAGCUCGGAGAGUGUCGUGGUCUUAAGUACGGUCUGAGCAGCCUAAUUGGUGCAGGAGGAAGAAGAAGGAGUUGUUUGAAUAAGUUGCGGAAACUCUGGGUUCGGAAUUGUGAUGAUGUGGAAUAUAUUGUUUGUGAUGAUGAUGAUGAUCUUCCAUUUAGUAGUAGUAAUUUGGAGAAGCUAUACUUGCAAUCCCUGCGGAAAUUGAACGCAAUCUGCUGCUGCUGCCGCCAAUAUGGUGGGUCGUCUCUUCUUCGGCCAGGUCCAAGUGGAGGAGGAGGAGGAGGGGGAUACUACGGCUUCUUCUUCAACAAUCUGAGAUACCUAGAAGUGUUUGGGUGUAAUAGUAUAAUUAGUAUCAUACCCUCUGAUCUGCUGGCAAAUCUACCAAAUUUAGAAGAACUCGAGGUAGAUAGUUGUCGUAACGCAACUGAGGGAUCAAAUAUGAAAUUCAUGUUCUCACUAGCCAUGGCGCAGAGGUUUCAACAACUACAGCAGAUUGAGAUUCGGUUUUGUCCUAAUAUGGUGCAAAUAAUAAACCCAUUGUUAAUGGAGGGAGAUGAUGAGAUUAACACACAAAGACAGUUGAAUUAUUCUUCAACAAAUAAUAAUCAUCCUCUGCCGUCGUCUUCUUCUUCGCUAUCAGUACUACUGCCAAGUACUAGUCCUCCAAUUUUUGGCAACCUAAGGUUGCUACACUUGAAGUCUUGUGAUAGGUUGAAGCACAUCCUACCAAUGAGUUUGGCCCAAGCUGCAGGUUUCCUACAACAACUAGAAGAAUUGAUUAUUCACAGCUGCUCUCAUCUGAAGGAAAUAAUUCUGAAUGAUCAAAAGGAGGAGGAGGAGGAGGAAGCCAUCAUCAUGUCCAAGAAGAAGAAGAAGAAGACUCCAGUGGUACUGUUUCCUCGACUAAGAUAUCUAUUCUUAUACAACUUGCCAAAUCUCUCGAUGGUGGUGAGCCGCAAAGGGGAGUUACUGUUACGCAGCAGCAGCCAUGACUAUUACUCUUAUUGGCCUUCAUUGGAAACAUUGGAAGUUUGGAAAUGCCCCAACUUGAAAAGGCUCCCUGUGAGUCCACAGACAAUGAUGACCGCAACAAAACUGAAGGAGAUUGUGGUACAAAAACAAUGGUUCAAUGCGUUGGAGUGGGAUGAUGAUGAUGAUGAUCACGACAAUAAGUUGCAGCACUUGCAACAAAGUGGAGUCAAGGUGACAUUGGAAAGACCUAUUGAGCCAUGGACACGAGACAGACCUUACAGUGAGGAAGAAGAUAAUGAGGAAGAUGUUACAGAGGAAGAAGAUGAAGAGGGAGAUGUUGCAGAGGAAGAUGAUGAAGAGGGAGAUGAAGAUUAG